UUCUUCCUGUGCUUUUCGAACUCGAAUGCCAAGAAUUCCCCCUUUUGAAAAGUUUGUUCGCAGAGCAGUACUCGUUUCCGGCGAAGACAAUUUGGUGAUUUUUUGGUUAUAAGUUUAACAAAAUGGAGCGUCAGUCGAAGCUUUUGCGUUUGGUGGAAAUGAAUUCUACUAUGACGAAUUUUAACACCGUGGCCUUGAUCGUGUCGAAGAACACGCCGAAUUACUUCACCGACAAGACGGACGGUUCGCAACGUGGUGUUCUGACUCUCACCAUUCGGGAUGGAUUGUUUCAUUACACCAACUGUAAGUUGUGGGGAAAGGUAGCCUGGGUGCAGGACUACGUGACCAGGCUGCAGAUCGGCGAGGUGGUGCUUAUAAGCAACGCAAAGGUUAUGGAUCAGGCUUCGGAAAGCAGCUCCUCCGACGCGUCUCGUGAACACCGUUACGACCCGAAGAGCAGCCUCAAUUGCGCCCUGGCCAUCAAUGAAGGGCAUGGAAGUGUGGAGCAUUACGUGCCCCACGUGUCCGACGAUUUCGGCCAUUUUUAUGCCCUCGAGCACAUGCUGCACCGUCCCCUGAAGAGCAUGGUGUACGCUUCAAAACUGAUGGAUGUUAUUUCCCGCUUUGUUUCUGAGAACAAGGUGCAUUUCGUAGAAGUUGUGGUGGUUGUGGCUGUAGUGCGUCCACUGCGCAAGGUGAAGGUCGCUGAUUCUCACCACUCGUACGCCCAGCCAAACAUUCUAGACUGCCUCGAGGUGGUGGUCUCCGAUCCCACCCACCCGGAAGGCAUGUUGCUGACCAUCUGGCAGGAGGACUGGAUCCAGCGCGGUCAGAAGUGGAAGCCGCUCCAAACCGUACUCCACCUGGUGGACGUGAAGGCCUCCUACUCGAUGUACCAUAAGUUUCCGACCUUCUCUCAUGUCAGCUGCACGCUGAUUACCGAGGAUCCGCAUCCUCCCACCGCAGAGGUCAAUCACAUGAUGGAGUUUGCAGCAUCACUGAAGUUCUACAGCUUCGAGAAUCUCGCCAUACCGGAGAUAAUGUGUUCACUGCCGUAUCCGGAAAACAUAACCGAAGUCAUGAACGUCAAGACGAUCUACGCCCGGAGCAAGGGAUUUCUCCAGAACCCAAUGGCUCUCACCUUCACUGCCAAGCUGAUAGCCUUGAUCAGCUCUCUUGACCUGGACGGAUUCUCUUCCACCAUCACCCGUCAAUGCGCCAUGUGUCACCGAUUCGUUCCCCGGUGCCUGAUCCAUUGCCCCACCGAGGAGUGCCAGUUAUUUUCGGACGAGACCGACACUGCUCCCUGGCUCUACCACUUCAACAUUACCGUACACUUUAGCGACCAGUCGGGCACCCUGGUGGAAGGACGCCUGGCGGGCUUGGCGGCCGAGCGGGUGCUGGGCGUCUCCGCCGCCGACUUUGUGAAGAUGUCCGAACGAGAGAAAGGGCUUCUUAAGUGGAAGUUCCUGCUGCGUCACUUCGAGGUCAAGCUUCUGGUCCUAAAACCGAUACGCAUGCGCAACAACAUGAUUGCGGUGGUUGUGGACAUGCAUGAGGUGCCGCUGGAGGACUAAUAAUCAUACAUAAUCAUAUAUCAUAUAUAUAAGUACACAAAGAGCGAUCUUUAUUUCGCAAAUUCUCACAUAAAAUAUUACAACUUUUGAAUACACAAAUAGACUUGUAGUAAGCUGCCGGGAGAUGUGGUCUCUGGGUUUGGCUGAUGUG